AAUAACAUUAAUAUUUAUAUCUGUUGGGAUAACAAUUUGAAGAAACAGAGAACUCUUCAGAAAACAGCAGCAAGACAACGAAGGGUUUGGUGACAGAUUCCUUGCAAGGAGCUAAAAGAAAGGUGUUGAUAAGAACAGGAAUGAAUUCAAAAUGGGAAAAAGAAAAGGAAAAGGAAAAGGAAAAGGUGAGAGAUCUUUGUUGCAAGUAAGCAAAGUAAUGAUAAUAAUAAUAAGGGGACAGAAAGAGAAGCAGCCUUUUUGCAGCUCUGCUGUUACCCAUCUCUCCAACUCAGUCUUAGUUCUUAAGGCUUUUUCCCAUUAUUCAUUUCAUACUCAGUGCAGGUAACAACAACACCUUACUCUCCACUCCAAUACAACAAAACUUGAAUCCCAAGCACCUGCAAUUCUAUUCCUAGGAAGAAACCCCCAAAAAUCAUUGCUACAAAACCAAUACCACAUUCCACUUCUUUGACCCAAAGCAAAACUAAACUCUCCAUCACAAUUUGGUAACUCUGUUUUCUCAAGUGUAUAUUUAUAGAUUUCCAAAAACAAUCUGUAAAUUCAGGUCUAAUCAACGAGGCGUUUGAGUAAAGAUAAGUGCAUUUUGGUUCCAAAUUUCACAACAAAAACAGCAGAGUGCAGAAUUAGGUCAAACUCAUAUCGAUUGCGAUGUCUGUUGAGAAGUAAUAAGGUAAAGCAGAGGGUAGGGAAGGGAAGGGUAACAUACCUUCCUUAAAAGCCUUGCGCCGCUUUGCGUAUAGCCACCUAACAGAGAAAGAGAAUCAUCAUCAUCAUCAUCAUCAUCAUCAUUUGCGAGAGAGAAGGCAUGACGACGCAGAAACAGAGCUGGGAGGCGCAACAAUCGCAGAUGCAGCAGAGAGUGAAGAAGGCGAUUGGGAGUCCGGCGAGGGAGGAUCAAGAGGAGGAGCUUUCGCGAUCGGCGUUGGCUCUGUUCCGCGCGAAGGAAGAGGAGAUCGAGAGGAAGAAGAUGGAGAUGAGGGAGAAGGUGGAGAAUCGGCUUGGACGAGCAGAAGAAGCGACGAAGCGAUUGGCAGAGAUCCGCGAAGAACUUGAAGGAAUGACGGAUCCGAUGAGGAAGGAAGUUUCGUUGAUCCGGAAGAAGAUUGAUUUGGUGAACAAAGAGUUGAAGCCAUUGGGGAUCACCUGCCAAAAGAAGGAGAGAGAAUACAAGGAAGUCCUAGAGCUAUUAAACGAGAAGAACAAGGAGAAAUCUGAAUUGAUAGCCAAACUAAUGGAGUUGGUGAAUGAGAGCGAAAAAUUGAGGAUGAACAAGCUGGAGGAGCUCAGCAACAACAUUGACAUCCUUCAUUAAGAAAACAAUACUGAUUUUCUAAGUUCCUAACCCUAAAUAACCCUCCUUCUCAUUAUAUUUUCUUUUCUUUUCUUUUUUUUUUUUUAAUCUUUGGCGGGAAAUGACGUUUGCUUCUGUUAAUAAGUUCCACGACCACGGCUACGAUUGCCAGCGUGAUCCAUGUUUCACAA